AUGUGCGAGCGUUUGUUAGGUGUCAUUCUUUCUGACAGUGAGUUGGUUGGUGCACGCAUCCGUAUGCGGUUCCUUGAGGGGGAUGCGUUUCGUGAGCUCCCGGCACAUGCAGAUGUUCAGACGAUAAGAUUUCCUUCAUUCGCGCCUACGCGGCGAGGUUUCCUGCAGAUUGAGAGGGGUCAGGACGGUCGUCCGGUUGAUCCUCUCCCACUCGCAUAUCGAUGGAGGGACGACUUGAGGGCAUUGAUGGUUGCGCUUCACACAUUGCCCUGGUACAGGUUCGAGUUGGACAUGCACCGGGAGCAUGAGUUUAUAUGGAUGCCCUACACGGAUAAGAUUUUAGCCGACAUGCCGCCUGCCUAUGCAGACGGGAGGGACUUGUGGGUAGCGCGAGUGCCACUCAUCUGCUUUCAUAUUAUUGAGUGGUAUCUCCCCGAUCGAGUCAUGCAACAGUUCGGGUUUCGACAGGUCAUUCCCGCCCCAUUUUUGACUUCGGGGGUAGAUAUUGUUGGGGACGAUCUCCACGGCAUGGAUGGGCGCGGUCAAGGGGUCACAGACUGGUCGAGUACGCACGCGAUAUUCGUCACUGCGUGGGAGCAUCGGCGAGACUACAUCGUACGAGGAGUGGCGGAGCAUAGUCCAAUGUGUCUAGAUGACCCAUACUUCACUUGGUAUAGGUCUAUCACACGCCGCUUCGUCGACAGGACCGCAGCUGCUGACAUAGUCAUUGAGGCAGACCAGAUCUCGUCGGAUCCUACGAUCCACCGAUUGAUGAGUGCUGCACUGGACCUCGUCCAGGAGGAUGGUCGACGGAUCCCAGAACGAGGAGGUCGACCUGAUGUACCAGCACGAGGAGGUCGACCAGCUCCAGUACGAGGAGGACGACAGGCCUCCUCUAGUCGUUUAGGGACUCCCAUGUCCUCCCCACCAGUCGUACAGGCCAAGUACUUGUUCGGCUCAUCAGCAUCUUAUGCGCCUUCCACUGCAGCUCAUAUUGCCGGACCAUCGAGCAGACCGACUGAUGCCCCAUCCGACUCUGCUGCUACCCCAUCCAUGUCAUUUUUAUUGGACGAUCUUUUCGAUGGGGUGGAGGUCGAUGCACCCCCUAUGCCGCCUCGUUCUCAUCCCGAGACAUCGUAUCAUUUCUCACCGCGUGCGCUCCGCAUGGCUGAUGAUGAUGAUGCAGCACCUAUUGGGGGAGAGGAUUCACAUCCAGCACGACGGGACAGGACACCUGAUGAUGCUGACGAGCAGGGAGAGGGUAGACGCAGACGGCAGCCACCACGACCCCGGAGACGACCUCGCUGUGGCACGAAGUAGUUUAGCAUUAUUUUAAUUGCAUUUUAUUUGUAUGUAUAUCAUUGAUUGUUUUGAUUUCAUUUGUAUAUAAUUGAUUAUUAUUUUUAAUUCUUU